AUGCCUGCUGCUUCGUCCUCUCAACGCUAUCAUGCUACUACUGCUCACCGCAAGCGCGACCUAAGCUCUUCCGAGGAGUCUGACCGGACGAGCGGGUCGGAAGAGGAGGAGGACGAGGAGAGAAGUAUCGGUCGGCACGCGGAGCGGCGGUCUACGAGGUCCGCCCAACACAAGGGACGCGCCGGCGAACGAGUCUGGGCGAUGCGUUCUGUUCCUAAAGGCUCGCACAAAUACGACCCAGCACAGCAAGACGACUACUCGGACGACGACGCUGGAGGAGGUAAGGGCGACCGCACGCCGCCUUCUUCUGACGGCGAGAGGUCGGACAAGCAGGGGGACAGUAGCGACGAGCAGGACUCGCGGGAUGAGAAGGGAGGCAGGGGCAAGAAGAAGCGUGGUGCUGCGGGUGCGGGACAGCAAGAUGGGGAGGAGGACCAGCAGGACGAGGAGGAGAGCAGCAACAAGAAGUUGUGGUGGAUUGCGGCGGGCGUGGCGGUCAUUGUGGUCCUGCUGCUCAUCGGCGCGUGGUACUGGUACUCGCAUCGCGACUCUUCCUCUUCGAGCGACUCGACCUCUUCUUCCGCCGUUGUCUCUUCGGCUCCAGCGACCAGCUCAGCCGCACUGCAGCCAAGCACCACUGCUCCAGCACCCGUCACCACCUCUCCCCCCUCUCUGCCCGUCACAACCUCUCCCCUCCUUACCGCUCAACCGACCACAUCCGGUUCGCCAACUACAACCGACACCGCCGUACAGCCUGGCCAGACGUUCUUCGCGCAGAUCACCUGGUUCGAAGCGAGCAGUGAAUUGUCAGAGUGUGGAACCAAGGCGAAGGAUACGGAUUUGGUCGUGAGGGUUAGCGAGGAGUUGUAUGGUGAUGCGAGCGCUGUCUCACCACUGUGCGGACAGUUCAUAACGAUGUAUCAGCUCGAGAAGGACUCGUACGUCCGGGCAACGAUCGAGGGCAUCUCGGGCAACAUCACGGGCCACAACCUCGACCUCUCUCAAGCCGCCUUCAAGGGCCUCACGUCGAACCUCAAGCUCGGCACCACCCUCGUCCAGUGGUACCUCACCGACGACAAGCACAGGCCGAAAGCGAGCCUCAAGUCGUAUCCUGUCGGCGGCGGCGGGGCGACUGAGACGGACGAGACAGGCGGGACGGUGUUGACCGGCGCUGUGAUGCCCACGAAGGCGUACGAGCCGGCUAUCAUGACGGUGUGA